AUGCAAGAAUUGCGCGAUGAAUGUUUUGAGCUGCAAGCGAGGAAAGAUGAACUUGAGCAAAAGCUUAAGGAAAUUGAUGCCUCCGUACAGUCUUCUACUGAACCUCGCGUGACCAGUGAAAAAAGCGUCCUCAACCUUCAAGAGAAAAUAAGUCAUUUGAACAAUGAAUUGUCUGAGAAGGAAAGUGCAAAUGAACGACUACGAAAGGAAAGAAACGAUUUCGAAUGGAGCCUUGGAGAACACCGACAAUGGUUAGCAGACAGUAAGAAUAGAAUAGCAGAACUUGAGUGUGAGAUUUCAAAGCUGAAGAGCGAUUAUGAAACUGCACUCAAGAGUGCACGAAAGGAAGUGUACGACCUGCAUGAACGAAAUACAAAACUGGAAGAAACGCUCAAGAAGACGGAAGUAAUAGUUGUAAAUUUGCAAAGCGAUAAAGAAGCAACACGAAGAUCAUUCAUCCUUGAACAACCACGCACUGAGUUCCAGAAUCGUGAAGAACUUGAAAAAGCGUACAAGCAUUUACGAGAAAAAUAUAGUGAACUUAGUAAAACGCUCAAAUGCACUGAAGAGAUGUUAGCGAAAUUAGAAGCCGACAUGAUGGAGAAAUCAGAUCUUGGGUAG